GCCACCAUGGUCAGUAUUACGCCACUUGCAAAUCCUUAUGAUCGACACCGCUCCUGCUGGAACCUCCACCAGCCCGUAAUGACCAACUUGAAGACGGUUCUUGACCAUCUUAAAAGUUCCAAAGUAAAGGAACGACAAGAAGGAAUUAUUUCUCUCAAAGAAGCGUUCUCGCGCGAUGAUGCUGUCCAUGGUGUCGCGGACGGACGCGCCUGGCUGGUCGUGUUCCAGGCCCUCUUUACAACAGUUACCAGUGAAAAGGCAGAAUGCGACAAGAAAGCUGCCUCAGGAAAGAGCGCAUCAACGGGUGCCGCUGCCUUGCGCAGACUAGGGGAUGCCACCGCCACCGUUCGUUGGCUGGUGGAGAGAAGCUUAUGCAGCCUCACUAUGAAAAUCCUGACACCCCUCCUGGCUCAUCUCUUACAGAUGAUGGUUUAUCGUGGUCAACUAUAUGCUCCACUCGCUCUUGACUAUCUCAAGACCAUCAAGAUACUUCUCAGCUGGACGCCACACAUCGAACACCUCGACGCGACUACUUGGAUCAGCAUAGCUGAAUUGGCCUUUAACAUCAUCUUUGAUGAUUUGAUCAAGACAAAGUUUGAGGAUGAUACUGGAGAGAGCAAUGAUGAGAGCAUGCAGGUUGACAUUUCCGGCAUGUAUCAAGAUGACUCUGACGAGAAGGAGGACCAUGAGCCCACUACGGCAACGCAAAAGCGUAAACGAAAGGGCAGAGAACACAGUGCCACGCCCGCUCCCGGUGGUGUGCAUUCCACCAAGUCGCGCAAGGCGUCUGUACAACAUUCGGUUUCCUUGGAGCAAAUCGAGUGUGCUUCCUUACUUGCCAUUCUGUUCCGCUCUCCUUCAGCUCCGUUCCUCUCAGAGGAUGUGCCAAACCUGUCGUCUGCUAUCCUGAACCGCAUGCGACGAUUCUUGGAACGCUACCCCGGUGAUGCAUCCCUUCACCAUGACUACCUUCUGGCCCUGCAGCCAGUUUUGUCUCAUCUCUGCCUCAAUCGGACAAAGGACGUUGAAACUUUUGCUCGGUCAACGUGGAACCAGCUUGUUGGACUAUGGGGUACCAAGAACAAGCGCAUGAAGGAAAGUCUUGUUGGCAUUUUGAGAACGCUAUUCCCGUUCUUGACAGCUGCACAUGACGGGCCAUCUUUCGCUUGGGUGGACGGAGUGUACAAACUUUGGACCCUCCUGAGCGGCGAAGCCGACAGUCGCCGGGGUCUUGAUAGUCUGUCUCUCGACUCCUUGAGGCUCGAGGUCCUUCCUUCUGACGCCGAACACUGCGAAAGUGGGGUGUUUGUUGCGCAUACAUUCAGGGCCGGAUGGCAUUUUGAUUCUUCUCAAGCCCUUGCGUGGGCUUUGAUGGAGCUACAAGCUGACUGUGCAGAGAAGCUCUUCGAUCAUUCCGAGUCGACGCAUAUUGGUACACCGGACGGUGAAGGAAGCCUAGGGAAGCGUGUCAAGCGUGAAGACCCUAUAGUAUCACUUCUUCAUUUCAUACAGUCGACAACCACUUCCAGCGUUAGGACGUAUCAUCUCCAAGUUCUCCUAUUUUUCAUUGAUCGGCAUUGGUCGUGCCUGCAUAUUGCACUCCAACAGGAUGUGAUGAACACCCUGCUUCAAUUUGUCUCCGUAGAUGAUCCCAUCAUUCAAUCCUGGACAUUCCUAUGCUUCGCCGCAAUUGCACAGUCUGAUGGCAUUCAGGGUUCACGUGCAACCCAAUCACCAUCAGGCACCGUACAGAACGCAGUUGUCCGUGAUUCCACUGUCUGGGAUCCUGUGUGGACUCAUGCCAUGCGCAGAGCUAAUGUCCCUGUGGUUUGCCGGGCGGCAUGUCACGCCGCUCACACACUUAUCCUUCACUCCAAGCUCCUGUUAACGUCUCAACGAGUUCUUAUCGAAAUCGAGACCUUGGCGAAGGAUCUGGAUCUACAGGGCCCUGCAUUUCCGUACGAUUCUGUGUGUAUGUUCCUUGCGCAAUGUUUGCGUGUUGCAAGCCAAGACGUGAGACUAUACCGAAUGCAGUUGGAGGAGAAGGUUCUUAGCUGGCUUCUUGAUAAUUGGAGAAUUGGUGCAGGGCAGGCGGCGAAGGAUACCAGUGGGAAAUCGCGGAUGCCACUUCACACUAUUGGCGACAUUCUUGGCUUGCUAGAGAGCAUAUGUGGAACUUCGAAGCGAAGCGGUCUUCUUUGUCGCAUGUUACUUCCCGAUUGUGCCAUUGUCGAGCUCAUGGAGGAAGAGCGGAAAACCAAGGUCAUCCGUGAUUUCCUGCUUGAUGCUCGACUUCCUUCCUUCCGCAAGGGCGCUGUAUCUGCAGGCGGCGAGACAAUUACCCACAGCACCGUCAAUGAUGAGUCGGUUAUCGACUCCGAGCUUGUUCAGCCUCGGGGACGCGAGCGUCGAGUGUCCUUGUCUCUGCUCAAAGCAAUGGAAUCCCUGACUGCCGAAUGGGACAUAUUCAAGGACACCAACGCCCAUCCGACCGCCGAAAAGCUCAGGCAAUCACUCGAUGCCGUUGUCACCGCCUUUGCAUUCGAAACCCUACUCGUAUGGAACGGAAUGCGAUGUAAUCGGCGCGUUCUGCAAUCCGCGGGGCGAGUAAUGUCACUUCUUGCACCACUCCUCACAGAUGCACGCUGGACAGAAGAUGAACGCGUGCUAAUUUUACACUCCCUGGAACCUCUAGUGAUGAACGGAGAGGAGCGUAGCACGAACGAGGAGUGGGAAGCUAUGCUUGGCCCAGAUUUCGGCUCUGGUAUUAGAUCGCACACUCUCAAGGGCCUGAAACGGAAUCUCUCCGAGAUGCAUCACUCUUAUACAGUCCGACGGCUGUUUCAGCGGGUCUUUUGGGCAAAUGCAGACAUCCAGGAUGCUUUCUCCGCGGUUUCUGAUGCCCUUCGGCAAUCUCUUCGCACUAUGACAGGCCAAAUUCGUAAAGGGGCACAGGAUGUUCAUGCUCCGGAUGCAGACGGAUUUGGCGCUAUCAGGACAACUCGCGCUGGACCGCCGACAGAAGAUGAUGCAGCACGUGAUGACAUUACUGCUGCGAACCAGUAUCUCGCUGACCUAUGUGUCAUAUUCCUCGCAACGACUCCUGUUCUUCGAUCAUCACCCACGGAAGCCAUGCGCGAUAAAGAGCUGACAAAACUCAUAGUCGAUUGUCCCGCGGAAAAGCUUCUUUUGAUAGGCGGCGCCGUCUUAGGAUCAGUUCGACGGCGGGUUUUGAGUCUUAGCGUGGAUGUCCUCAACGAAAUUCUUCAGAAAGUUGGAGAGCUUCUUGGCGAGCAUUCUCAUGGUCACAAUGCUUAUCUGCAUGUUAUUGUUGUUGAUUUACUGGACUCCACUUCCCAUCUUUGGCUCCAGAAGUCAAUCGCAGACACUGACGUCGGAGAUCAUAUCAGCGAGUUAUGCGGCUGGCUCAGUCAUAAUAUGUGGAAGAGGACAUUUGCUUCCUGGAAAAUGCGCGACUUCGCUUCCCAAUUUUUUGCUAGGUACAUUGCCCAAGAUCCUUCCGAGUCCUUUUGGCCAACACUAUACGGCAAGAAACCCAUACAACGACCCUCUACCAUUAUUCCUAUGCUGAACAUGGAUGAGGAUAUCCGUGUACGCUUCCGGGCCGCAGUUGUCAAUGCUCGUCUCUUCACCCUGCCUCGUUUUGCCGGUCAGAACUCCCUUGAUAUGUACAAUGCAAUCAAAGAGGGGUUGACCAAGGAUCUCUCGAAUUACGAGCAAAUGCUCACUCGUACCUUGUGCCUCGGUAAUAUCAUGGUCGUGAGUUCCGCUGUGAGGCGUGGACCUUACUGGCACUUGAUAGAAGCGGCGUUUCAUAGCCCACUUUACACGCGCCACAUCCAAGCGACUCUGACUGGUGUUUCUGAGAGACUUGGACUUCCUAAAUUGUCGGACCUCUUUGAAGCCUACGCUUCACAGAUCGCGUACUCCAUUCGGCAGGCUUUCCAGGAUGUACUUCGUCUAUCUCCUCAGCUCCUUGGCUACCAGAAUCGAAGGGAAUGCGCAGAAGCAACCUUCCGUCUUUUCACACCGACGAAUGUCAUGGCAGGCGGUGGAAGUUCAGAGGCGGUAGACCAUGGCCGUCGAUUAUUCCUGAGCCACUGCGCCGCCAAUCAGAAGACGGCUGCCGACGGCUUGCAGGAAUGCUUGGGUGAUCUCAUCGGAUUCCAACUUGUAUUUUGGUUGGAUGAUGGACGAGUCGAUUGUAAUACGCCACCGGAGCAAUUGAAGAAGAUGUUGAAGGACAAGGGCGUCGACCUCAGCCAAGAACAGGGUUUCAACAGUUGUGUGGAGCAGAAUGCAGCGAGCAUUGCGGCGGCAGUGGUUCGGUCCUUAGGGGACCAGAACUUCUCUGCCGAAGGUGCGAUCAUGCAAGCAAUCAAGGCGCAUGAUUCGAACCACUCCGCUCAGGUUUUCAAGGCUCUGUCAAAGUACCGAACCUUGGAUGACUUCAACCUUCACAGCCCAAAUCUUCCUGCGUUUGGCUCAUCCACUGUCUUACAAGCCCUCAACUGGUGCAUUUCACUUGCCGCCCGCGAUCACGUGAAAGCCAUAUCCUAUCAUGUCCUCCACCAGCUUUUCUCCGAAGUCCAGAGAUCACCCUUGGUCAAUGAACAGAUCCGCCUGCUUAAUGGCAUUUCUCUUCUGGUAGCGGUCCGUCAUGAGGACUUCCAAGACCCCACACUACUCCACACCCUGAUCCACGAGGCAACGUCUCUUCUCGCUCAAGCGGACCUCGUACAGACAGCUCGCUCUUUGCUCGAAUGGGGCUUUACCAUGUAUCGUUUGACGUCUCAAGUGGAUCAAAGGUUUCCUGAUGUGCUCAUCCGAGUGUGCGCUCAGGCUCAUGAUUAUUCACUGGCCACCGAUGACGUUCAAAUCGCGGACAUGGGCAAGGGCCUGUUGCAUUGGAUCGACAGGCAAGCUCUUGAACUUUGCCGAAGUAGCAAAAUCCGGCCGCAGGUCAUGAACGCCUUGUCAGCUUGGCCACAUCAGCCUUCAUCUGAGUUGUUGUCGGUUUAUGAUGAUAUUACUGCGGAUGGUCUUUCCAUGAUAUUGAGCGACUACCGCAUUGCAUCCAACAAGUUCCGCCUUGUGAGACGGCUCCGAGACCUCGCAGAGCAGGGCGUCUAUGAUCGAGCGCAGUUCGCCAAGACAGAUUUCUGGCGCCUCAAAGAUUUCAUUCCUACCAGGGAUCAGCUCCAACCAGACGACGUCGAUGCAUUUGCUUCUCUAUUGAUUGCGAAUAAUGGGGACAUCUACAGCUUCGGAAGUGAACAGCCCUUUCUGCAGACAUUGCGGGGACGACAUCGGCGCAGUGCAAAAAAGCGGGAGGCAUCGCAGAUGGAAUUUUCACCUCAGCGGGCGAUCAUUCAAACGCUGCUCGCUAUGGUUGACGGAAACUCACCACAAGAAGUCACUCUCGCUUACUGCACCCUUCGCUCCGUUGUGUCAGCUUCUUCAUCGGACGCCCUCCUCCUGCAAUCUUGGCCCGUCGAGUCGAGAGCUGCUUUGGAAUAUCUCCAACAAUAUCCUGUCAAAGCAAGGACUCGGUGUGUUCGCAGCGUUGACGAGCUGCAGGAGACUGUCGAGUGUCACCUGGAGUCCGAAUAUCGGAAAUGGAUCAGCGAGCUGACCAUCUUACUCAGUGAUGUGCUUAGCGCUGUGGACCCAUUUUACGCACAAUUCUCGACGUUCUUGGAGCGCGAUGUUUCUUUUGCAGAUGAAAUGCUUCCGGUAUUGGUUCACACUUUGCUGCAGAACGAACUUGAUCGGCCAGAACCAACGGGCAUGUCCCCGAAAUUGCGUCUAUCGGAAUAUUUCAGCGCCAUACUUGCCAUGGAUAAUGUCCAUUUGUCCUGCUUAAGGUCUGUUGUCGACGUCGUGCUUCAUCUUCGCAACUUUCGCCCAAAAGAUUCCACUGAUUCCCUGGCUCACGACAAAUGGCUUGACAUCGAUUACCUGCUCCUUGCAAGAAGUGCAGUAACAUGUGGCGCGUAUACGACUGCCCUUCUUUUUCUCGAGCUCGCGGCCGAGUACCAGUCCUUAGACAUGGACAAUACGACAGACACAGAGCAUAUCCUUUUCGAAAUUUACAGCCACAUCGACGAGCCCGAUGGAUUCUAUGGGAUCAGGACCGCUGAUCUACGGCAUUUCCUCAUCAAACGGUUUCACCAUGAGAAGCAGUGGGAGAAAGCCUUUCGUUUCCACGGUGCUGCCCUUGAGGCUGGAAGCCCUGAGGCAGUUGACACGGACGGCCUGCUCAGUUCUUUCCACGCCUUCGGCUUCGACCGUCUUGCUAUUGGCACUCUCCAGACGUCCCAGAUUGGUGACUCGAGGAAUUCAUCGUCUGCCAUGUGCUAUCAGCUGGGUUGGCGUACUGAAACCUGGGACUUGCCUGACUAUGCAGGAGAUAGUUCUGGAGCUACACUUUAUCAGGCACUACGAGCAGUGUACAGGGAACGGAACCCGCGGGCAGUCGACGCCAUUGUUCGCAGCUCGCUUGAUGACGAAAUGACCCGUCUGCGGCAGCUUGGCACUGAGAACAUCUCUGGUAUCCGCGAGGUCGCUCGUAACAUCAUGUGCCUCGGUCAGAUCACACAGUGGAGGAGUCAUUCUAUGCAGCAGCAGCUUUCACGCAAGUCGGAAGAUAUCAGUAGUCUGCCCAAGCUCGAGGAAAUCAAUCCUGACUUCCAAUUUACCGAUUUGGAACAGAUCCUUGCAACGAGGAUCUCAUUGGUUCGGUCGGUCAGGCAGAAAGAGGAACGAAAGCAAAUCGGCAGUUUUGCUACGCCAUUCAUCCGUGGUAUUCUAGACCUCGAGAAGCGAUGCCUCGUCCGCUUAUCCAUCGCCGCUCGGAAAUCCAAUCAACUGCAAGUGGCACUGAACUCCAUCGUGAAAGCCCAGCGUCUCGAGAACAAUGCCAGCUUUGAGGUUGCUCGUGAAUUCGCCAAUGUUCUGUGGCUCCAGAAGGAGCAAAAGUUGGCAGUGCAGUACCUCAAGGACCUGGUAAAUGGUCAGGAGUUAGGUCCUGAUGGUGCAGUGGAAAAGGCCUUGUCGUUGGCUCGACUGGGAGACUGGAUUGCCGAGGCGUGUCUAGAAAAACCAACCGACAUCAAGAGAAAAUUCUUCGAUCCUGCCGUCGAGCUAGCCAUCGCGGCCGAGAAACGGACGAACGUUCGCGAUCACGCAUGUGCCACUGUUUUCCACAAGUGCGCACUUUUUGCCGACCAACAGUAUCAUUCCAUCCUGAAGUCGUCAGACGCCGUGCGCUGGAAGAUUUAUAAAGAGCGCAAGAAACAGGAGCCUGAAGAUGUGAAAGCUUAUGAACUCCAUACGGGAGCGCGAGAUGCGUUCCUUGAGCUGGCUCUUGACAUGUACUCUCGCUGUCUGGCUUCCUCUGACCGUUUUGAUGACGAUGGUCCAAUUCGCUUUUCAUCCCUUUGGUUCGCAAAUUUCGACGAUCAUAGCAUUCAGGACAAGCUUCAAGCGGCUCUCGACCGCGUACCCUCCCGCAAAUUUGUCUUCCUCUCCCAUCAGCUAUCUGCUCGUAUGUCAAGAUCCUCAGCAGAGAUCCCGAAGAACCAGCAGAACCUCCAAGCACUCGUCUUGCGCAUGUGCCAAGAGCAUCCUUUCCACAGCCUGUACCAAGUAUUCUGCUUACGUCCAGAACAAUCCUCGGGUGCGCGAAGAACUUCCUCACGAUUUGAACCUACAUCAUCGCAGACGGACCGCGGAGGAGCUGCGAGCGCCAUCUUCGAUAGGCUCUUCAGUGAUCCCAUUCACACAUCAAGGAUCAAAUCGAUCGAGCAAGUCUGUAACGCCUCGCUGCAAUGGGCGAAGUACCCCGUGAAAGAUCGUGCCUCAAAGAAAACCGAUACUGCCCUACGCAUUCCUGACGCCUUGCUCAUUCGGAAGUUGCGUGACGUCCAGGUUCCUGUCAUCACCUGCAAUACACCCAUUGAUUCAACCCUCAAGUACAAUGAUUGUGUCUGGAUCAGUCACUAUGACCCAGCAUUCAGUACAGCCGGGGGCGUCAACGUCCCGAAGAUUAGUGUCUGCUACGGCAGCAAUGGGGAGAAGUACAGGCAGCUCUUCAAAGGCGAAGGCAACGACGAUCUACGGCAGGAUGCUGUCAUGGAGCAAGUUUUCCACCUGUGCAACAUGGUGCUACGCUACGACAAAGAGACUCGGAGACGAAAUCUCAAUGUCCGGGGUUACAAAGUCCUACCUCUCGCUACCCAGGCCGGAGUCCUCGAAUUCGUAGGCAACACCGUCACCCUCCAAACCUGGCUCCAAGACGCGCACCACAGGUACCGCCCCACCGACCUAGACCACCGACAGAUAGCAGCCCAACUUAAACAUACCCGAGACAAAAACGGCGGUAAAACCGAAGCGAUGGUAGCAAUCUUCCACCACAUAUGCCUACGAAGCCAACCCGUGAUGAGGCACUACUUCACCGAAAAACAUAAAACCCCCAUCACCUGGUUCGCCAUGCGUCUUAACUACACCCGCAGCGUCGCUACCACUUCUAUCGUGGGACAUAUCCUCGGCCUUGGGGAUCGUCAUGUAUCGAAUAUUUUGAUUGAUAAUGGGUCGGGAGAGGUUGUGCAUAUUGAUUUGGGGAUCGCUUUUGAUCAGGGUAAAUUGUUACGUAUCCCUGAAAGAGUGCCGUUCCGAAUGACUCGGGAUAUGGUCGAUGGGAUGGGGAGGUGUGGGACGCAAGGUGUUUUCCAGCGCUGCGCGGAAGAAACCCUCCGUGUGUUGCGUGAUAGGUCAGAUGUUAUACUUACCGUGCUUGAGGUGUUCAAGCAUGAUCCGUUGCAUUCAUGGACAGCAAGCGAGCUCAAGAUCAAAAAAGUCCAAGACAGCACAGCUGAGGCUACCCGAGUCCCCCGGGAUGUGUCCCGCUUCGGUGCCAUCGCAUUAGACCUAGAAAGCGGGUCUGCAGAUGAAGCCGCAGAUCGUGCGCUGGCAGGCGUGGCGCGCAAACUCGACAAGGCGUUGAGCGUGGAGUAUACGGUUAACGAACUCAUCGCGGAGGCUACGGAUAUAGUCAACUUAGCGACGAUUUAUCAGGGAUGGAGUCCCGACUUUUAGACGCGUUUUGGGAUAUUAAUGGUUCUCUUCAGUUAUGCUUAUAUUACCCUUUCUCGGACUACACAUAAAAGUUAUCUCUGCAUCGUUCAUCCUGUAUCCCUAGUCAUUCUCAACCAAUCAAUCAUGCACCUCCA